UCGCCUGGGCCACCCCGCGGCCCAUCUCGGGGGCCGGGGGCGGCUGAGGAGGCGGCGGGGGGACUUCCGGCCUGUGGGGCCGUUGGGCUCCGGCGAGCUGGACCCGGCGCCGGGAGGGACCGCCCGGGCCGGCGGGAAGACUCGCUCGCGCUCGGGCGCGGGAGACCGGCGUUUGGAGGGCAGGUCCCGGGAGGUGUCCGCGUGGCGCACCGGGGCCCAUGGCCGGCCCCGCGCAGGUGAUGUUCGAGGACGUGGCCGUGCAUUUCUCCUGGGAGGAGUGGGGUCUCCUCAGUGUGACCCAGAGGAGCCUGUACCGAGAUGUGAUGCUGGAGACCUCUGCGCUCGUCGGCUCACUGGGUCUUCCUGAUUCUGUGGUCAGUAGAGCCCAGUUCUGCUUGUCCAACCUUUCUUCCUCUAGACCUUUCCCAGCAACUCAUAGCAGUUCUUUGGAGUCCCUUCUGGGAAGAAUGAAGGAUGAGGAUGCCCCUCCCAAGCAAGUGAAGAGUUGCAGAGUCGACCUGUCAGAGAAGCCUUUUGUGUAUGAAAGGUUUGUGAAGGAUGGCCCAGUCACCACAGGCUUCCUCCAGCACCAGGCCACCCCUGGGAAGCUGUGCAGGACCACUAGGCACAGAGCAGUCUUCCCCUCCAGCUCCAGCUGUGGACAGCAGCAGAGAGUCUGUGCUGCUCAGAAACCCUUCAAGUGCAGCAGCUGUGGGAGAAGCUUCCUGAAGGCCUUUGCUCUCCUUGACCACUUGAUAACUCAUUCUGAAGAGAAACCUUUCAGGUACCAAACAGGCAGAACUGCCUUUGAGGAGAAAUCAACUCAUAUUAAUCACAGAAAAAUUCACACUGGAGAAACAUCCCAUGUGUGCGAGGAGUGUGGGAAGGCCUUCAGUUACCCUUCUAAACUGAGGAAGCACCAGAAGGUUCACACAGGCGUAAAACCUUUUAAAUGCAGUGAAUGUGGUAAAACCUUCAGCCGCAAAGAUGCACUUGCUCUGCACCAGAGGAUUCACACUGGAGAAAGGCCUUAUGAAUGCAGCAAAUGUGGGAAAGCCUUCAGCGUUCUGUCCACCCUCAUCCGACACCGGAAAGUUCACAAUGGAGAAAGGCCCUACGAGUGCAGGGAAUGUGGGAAGUUCUUCAAAUAUAACAAUAGCUUCAUUCUUCACCAGAGAGUUCACACUGGAGAAAGGCCUUUUGAAUGUGAGCAAUGUGGGAAGACUUAUGUGACCCGUUCUGGCCUGUAUCAGCACUGGAAAGUUCACACUGGAGAGCGGCCCUAUGAGUGCAGCCUGUGCGGGAAAACCUUUACCACCAGGUCCUACCGCAACCGACACCAGCAAUUCCACACUGAAGAGAGGUCUUAUGAAUGCCCAGAAUGUGGGAAAGCUUUCAAACACAGUUCUACCCUCCUUCAGCAUAAGAAAAUUCAUGUUGAAGAAAGGCCUUAGGAGAUCAGGGCAUGUGGGAAAGCCUUCAGUCACUGGCACCUUGCUCAACACAAGAAAGGGGAUCAAGAUGGCCUUUGUGCUGGUGGUGGUGGUGCACACCUGUAAUCCCAGCAACCAGAGAAGAGGAGGCAGGAAGAUCGCAACAU